GUGGAAAGACACUGCGGCAACAUGGCAGCGUCCGGACCUGGUGACUCUUACGAUGCUAAGAGUGGUAAGGGCCCGUUGGCUCAGCGCAUCGACCCGACUCGAGAAAAACUGACUCCAGCACAGCUGCAAUUCAUGCAGCAGGUGCAACUCGCCCAGUGGCAGAAGACGCUGCCACAGCGGCGGACCCGGAACAUCGUGACAGGCCUGGGUAUCGGGGCCCUGGUGCUUGCUAUUUAUGGUUACACCUUCUACUCGGUGUCCCAGGAGCGUUUCCUGGAUGAACUAGAGGACGAGGCCAAAGCUGCCCGAGCCAGAGCCCUGGAAAGAGCAUCCGCCCCCUGAUCCAUAUGGGCACUGCGGUUCUCCAACCUGCUGGAGCCCCUUCACAAGACAGAUGAUGCUCCAUGAUCCUGUAGAAAAUGAAGCCUACUCACAGCACUGCUGGCCUUACUAACCUUGUACCAUGAUUGAGCCCCAAAAGUGGGAAUUUACGCAUUCGGCCAUCCUGAAAGGAACAUUGCCCACCUCACACACAGUGUGUGCAGUGACCAAGCCCUUCUUGUAGUUUGUUUCCUUGUUUGACGAGUGAGCAAUCCUGACUUUUAAGAGCUCUGUCUUGUUUACCCCCUUCACACCUCAGUGCCAUGACUGUUAUGGGAGUGGGAGGUGGCAGCUCCUAGCAGUGUUGGAGCCUGAAGUGGGAAUGAUGGGGUCAAGUUGAGAAUAAUAAACUGAGUCAUCUGUCCUGGAGCCAAGUGAAUGUUGUGGGGCUGAGAGACUGCAUGGCACUUCAUGCCGGAAAGCUCCACAGGCAGUAGCUGCAGAAGUGGCAUUGCCCCAGGGAGCCGUAAAUGUUUAACUAGAAUUACUUUUUCCAUGAGAUCUUUCCACCUGAUUUAAGGGAGAGAUCAUGGCAAGUCACUGGGCUGUUUCAGAAUGAACCACAU